GAUGAGGCCGCCUGCUGGGAGAGCAACCGGAUCGGCGGAGGAGGAGCGUGCUCGUCAGUGGGUGCGGAUGAGCGCACCUGGGAGUCGCUGCUCGGUGCCGUGGCAGAGGCUUUGCCCGAACCCACAGUGAGGAGAAAAAAGAGCAUAUCUAUCGAGGAGAAAAUUGACAUCAUAAGCGCUGUGAAGAGCGGCAAGAAAAAGGCGGACAUUGCAGCCAAGUGUGGCAUCAAGAACUCCCUGUCUUAUAUGAAGAAUAAGGAAAAAGUUUUGGCAGCCUUUGAAACUUUACGGUUUGAUCCUAGAAGGAAAAGACUGAGGACUGCUUUUUAUGCCGACCUGGAGGAGGCAUAGUGGUACAGAAUUGCACAGUGCUUGAAUGUGCCUGUCAAUGGCCGUAUGUUGCGCCUCAAGGCGAAUGACUUUGCCCAGAAGCUUGGACACAGUGAUUUUAUAUGUAGCAAUGGCUGGCUCGAUCGUUUCAAAUCAAGGUAUGGUUUAGUUUUCAGAGCUGAGCCUGUAAAAACAGCUACUGCUCCUGCAGUGGAUGCUCCAACUCUUUGGUACCAAAAUGUGCUUCCUUAUUUUUUAAAUUAUUAUCGGCCAAAAAAUGUGUUUUACAUACAGGAGACUAGGUUGUUGUAUCAGAUGUUACCACAUAACACGUUUGCAUUUAAAGGGGAAACUUGCUCUGUAGGUAAACAAAGCAAAGAGAGCAUUACUUUAGUGCUGGGUACAAAUAUGGCUGGCUCUAAAGUCCUACUGCUCAUUAUAGGAAAAAACAAAAAUGAAUGCUCUUUUGAAGAUGUGAAAUCGCUGCCAGUGAAUUAUGAAGUAAAUGAUGAGGCAUGCAUGACUGCAGGAAUCUUUGAACAGUGGAUGCAUAAACUUGAUAACAGAUUUCAAGCACAGCAGCGCCAAGUGGUUAUUCUUGUUGAUUCUCUCCCACCUCACACAGAAGUAAAGAACCUGAUGACUGUCAAAUUAGUGUUCUUUCCUCCAGACUCUUCUUCAUGUAUAGUUAUGAAAGAAAGGAUUAUCAGAAGUCUGAAGGUUAAGUACAGGCACUGUCUUAUCAAGAGGUUUGUUGACUGUGUAGAAAGUAAUAAAGAGUUUAUGCUGACCCUUCUUGAUGCAAUUAAGAUGCUGCACCUGUGCUGGGGGAGAACGCCAGAGACUAUUGUAAAAAGUUACAAUGGAGCAACUUGCAAAUUAGAAACUGAGAGAAAUUAUAACGGCAAUGAGGUUGAAAGUGAUUUUGAUUUGAUUGCUAAUGCACGCACAGCUGGAGUAGAGUUUCCAGAGGGUUUGUCUUUGGAAGAAUGUGCGGCUCUAGAUGAUGACUUGGUAACUUAUGAAGUGCCUACAAAUAAUGAAAGGAUGUGCGCCAAAGAAAGUGCGUCAAAUAAAGAUGAGGCAUUUGUUGGUGCUGAGGAUAAGGAUGAAGGUCAUCGACUUCAGGGAGUUGAACAGCUUUUACCAUCCAAAAACGAGGCUUUGAGUGCUUUAGAUACCCUUUGGAAGUUUCUCAGAAGUUAAGACACAGAUGAUUCUCUUUACGAUUCCCUAGCUGACUUGGAGAAUUUUAUUCAACAUGUAGCAUGUGAAUAAAUAUUUUAGCGAAGUGGGAAGGCAUGUAAUUGGAAAAAAGAAAUUACAUAAUCAAAGAUAGUUAAAUAACAAGCAUUGCUGAAAUGUUCUUUGGUGUGCUUUGCUCAGGUGCCUAGGAGAACAUAAUAAAACCAUGAAAAAGGGCUAUGAACUGAAAUUUUCCACAAAAUCAGGAACAAACACAUAUUUGAGGUAGAGAAAAGGAGUAAGCUGAACCCUUAAAAUGCUGACUGUGGAAGCAAAAGAAAUUUUUUGAGCAGUUUCGUGCACUCAGGAUAAGCUGUUGACCACUUGGAAUUCUUUCUUCAAGAAAUGACUAGCACUUCUACACAAAAAUAAUUCCACUAGUGUUUGAGUAAAUAUUUAUCACCUUUUGCUUAUUUAAAUAUUAAAAACCUAUAUGCUUUUGAUAUGUAAACACAAAAUUGAAUAACACAGAAAAUACUUGCUUAAGUUCUUAGAAGUAAGGCAUUUUAAAAAGAAAUAUUUUUUGCCCUUCAUCCAGAAUUCUGGCUAUCAUUUACUCUUGCAGCAGAUGAUGAACAGCAGAAAGUUACCACAGCUUUGAAAGUGUUGUUUUGUUUUCUUAAAACUGCUCAUGUGUGGAUGGAUACACUCGAAUGGCAUAGUCAUUUUCCAAGAGUCAAAAGGCAAACAAACCUUUCUAGGUCUUUGAAGAGGUCAAAAAGGGAGGUCAUUCUCUGCUUUUCAGCCUUUUUGGUGCAUAGAUUUGAUGUAGGCAUUUCUGUGCAACUCUAUAUAUUUCUACAGUAAAUUGAGAAAAAAACCAAACAGUAUCUGCAGUAAAAACCUCGCUGAACUCAUGUUUUAUUUUCAAUAUUGGAGGCUUUGCUGUAGGAUUCAAUGCACUAAUGUGGUUUAUCACUAUAAGUCCCAUUAACAAGGGUGCUGUUAGCAUGAUUGCAGUGUGAAAUUGUGUAAAUCACAGUACAUUUAAAUGUCUUUGAGUAUGCAUUUCAAACAAUGUCAUCAUAUCAGAGCCAAAAUCCACUGUGUAUAUGACCUGACUUUUUUCAAAACCUGUUUUAAAUCUUAUCCAUAUCUAUCAAUUUGAUUUUUUUUCAAAAGUUGGAGAUUAUAAUUUUUCUAAUUUAGAGGAAGAAGAAAAUAUUUUAUGGAUGGCCUUUAGGAAGCCUGCAUAAUAAAAAAUCUAUUAUGCUGUCUAUAAUUAAACCGUAAG